AGCACCAUGCCCUACAACUGCUCUCUGCCCAGCUUCAGCUGCCGCAGCAGCUGCGCCACCAGGCCCUGCGUGCCACCCAGCUGCCAGCCAUGCUGCUCCCUCCCCGGAGCCCGCAACAUCCCCGCCAACAUCGGGACCUGCGGCUGGUUCUGUGAAGGCUCCUUCAACGGCAACGAGAAGGAGACCAUGCAGUUCCUGAACGACCGUCUGGCCAACUACCUGGAGAAGGUGCGCCAGCUGGAGCGGGAGAACGCCGAGCUGGAGGCCAGGAUCCGCCAGUGGUGCCAGGAGCAGGUCCCCUUCGUGUGCUCGGACUACCAGUCCUACUUCCGGACCAUCGAGGAGCUGCAGCAGAAGAUUCUGCUCACCAAGUCUGAGAACACCCGGCUGGUGGUGCAGAUCGACAACGCCAAGCUGGCUUCGGAUGACUUCCGCACCAAGUACCAGACGGAGCUGUCCCUGCGCCAGCUGGUGGAGGCCGACAUCAACGGUCUGCGUCGCAUCCUGGAUGAGCUGACCCUGUGCAAGUCUGACCUGGAGGCCCAGGUGGAGUCACUGAAGGAGGAGCUGCUCUCUCUCAAGCAGAAUCAUGAGCAGGAGGUCAACUCUCUGAAGUGCCAGAUUGGCGAGCGACUGAACGUGGAGGUGGACGCCGCCCCGACCGUGGAUCUGAACAGGGUGCUGAACGAGACCAGGUGCCAGUACGAGGCCCUGGUGGAGACCAACCGCAGAGAUGUGGAGGAAUGGUUUGUUAAGCAGACAGAGGAGCUGAACCAGCAGGUGGUGACCAGCUCAGAGCAGCUGCAGUGCUGCCAGUCAGAGAUCAUCGAGCUGAGACGCACCGUUAACGCUCUGGAGGUGGAACUUCAGGCGCAGCACAACCUGAGAAACUCUCUGGAAAACACCCUGACCGAGACCGAGGCCCGCUACAGUUCCCAGCUGGCCCAGGUGCAGUGCAUGAUCACCAGUGUGGAGGACCAGCUGGCUGAGAUCCGCUGUGACCUGGAGCGGCAGAACCAGGAGUACCAGGUGCUGCUGGACGUCAAGGCCCGACUGGAGUGUGAGAUUGCCACCUACCGCAACCUGCUGGAGAGCGAGGACUGCAAGCUUCCCAGCAACCCCUGUGCCACAACCAACGCAUGUGGCAGGGCCAUUGGUCCCUGCUCCGUCACCCCCUGUGCCCCCUGCACUCCCUGCAUGCCUCGUUCCCGCUGUGGCCCCUCCAACUCCUUUGUGUGCUAACGUGGAUUCAGCUGCCAGGAGGAAAGGACGGCUGGCGGGUGCAUUUUGUGCCUGUACAUCAUUCAGUUUCUCCCCACAUCUCCCAAACUAUGUUGCAAGACCUCAUGACCCUUUCAAAAAUCAGGGAGAAUGAGGAGAAAUUCAUAUAGAGCACUGCCACUAAUCCUAGCUUUUCAGGCUCCUAAAAGCCGCCACCCACUCAAAUCCCAUUUGCUAUAGUUGCUCACUCUCCAAUCGGCAAGCUUAGAAACCUGCUCCCCGAGAACACAUGUGCUGUUCGUGGGACCUUUGCAACUUUUAUCUCUUCUGAAGGACAAAGAUGUUCUUUGGGA